UGCUUGAUGAAUGGAAAAUGAUUUAACAAACCAAAUUCUGGCGAUAUGUUUUUUUUUCUGCUCAUCAAUGAAUUUAUCCAAUUCAAUUAGAGCAAACAUCAUUCAGCUGAUUAGUAUUUACAUGUUCAGUUUAAUGGUAAUUUACUUCUUCCGUUGUUAAUUAGUGAUAAGAUUUUAACUUAUUUCAAGGACCAGUUAAUUGUUGACUACCGUCUUUUAAUUACCUUAACCCACUAUUUGAAUUGGUAAAAUAAAGGAAACGAAGAUGAUAAAGAGUCAAAUGAGCAAUCAGUUAACAAGGAUGAUGGAUAAAAAAUGGUUAAAUAAACAAUAACGAUCUUAAGUCUUAAUUGGUGAAAAUUUGAACUGUCAAAAUGUUUCUCUUACGCUUCAAUCAACAAAUCGAUUGGUACCUUGAUAAAACAACAAAACUACAACACAACAACCCGAUUUAGUUAAUUUGAUAAAAGAAACAAUUGAAAUGGAAGAUGAAUCGAUUCAACAGUCAAGAUGAUUAAAGAGCGAAAGUUUAAUUGUUAUGAACACACUUGAUAAUGGCCAUGGAUUGUUGUGGAAUUGAAACAAUAUUAAUAUAACCAUUAACACCCUAACGGGUUAAUUAUUAUUUAUCAUAUAUUAGAAUUGGUUAAUCGUGGAAAUGUUGAUCGUAUAUAAGAUGGUUUUCAUUUUAUCAUAUCGAUUUCACUUUCAUCCUGAUCAUCGUACAAGUUUGAUCGAUCUUCGAAUUUCGAUCGCAAUUAAAGUGUACAAAGGAAACAUCAUGAUGUUUCCCUCGAUUAAGUUAAUUAAUUUAACCUUAUUGGUGAUUGGUUUCAUCUCGAUUUUUCAAAUAUCUCCAAUCUCUGUGGAGAAAAGGAUAAAGGACAAUCAAUCAUAAUGGACGGUGGAAAUUUAAUCAUGAAAGAUCACGACAAGAAGAAAAAAGGUGAUACAAUUGUGAUUAAAAGUUCCAGUGGAAGUGGUUGUGGUUGUGCCAAAAAAAUGAUUCCUGUGCCUUAUCCAAUUGUGAUUCCUAAAAAAGAGGUUAAAUAUGUUCAUGUUCCUGUUCAUGUUCCCGUUCCCGUUCAUGUCCCUGUUCCUGUUCACCAUCAUGGCGGUUGGUUUGGCGGUGGUGGACAUGAAAUGAUGUCCGGUGGAUUUGCCCGAUCAGAUGAUGAGGUGAUCAAUGAACCAAUGGAAAGACCAGUGAUUGGAAUUGGCGAGAAAGUCUCAUCAGCUGAUUAUGAUCUUCCAAACGAGGGCGAACCUCGAUUGAUAGAUUCUCCUAGGCCACCGAUGAUCCCUGAAGAAUUGGGAAUCCUCAUGUGAUUUGUUAAUCGUCAUUCUAUCAUUUA